GCCAAAAAAAAUUAUAUUCAGACAUUGAUCGUCAGGGUACUAGCAUCCUAUCACUAAUAUCCCUUUUAGUAGAGGAGAAAAGAAUUCGUAUUAGAAUCAAUUCUUUAUUUAAUGUUAUAGAGCUUUCACAAGAAAAAUGGCAACAAAAUUUGUCAACGAUGCGAUGCUUGUGGUAAUACACUUGCAAUUAGCAUGGAUUCUCAUAAGUUAACGACGUUUAUUUCAAAAAAUUGUUUGCAAGAAAACGGAAAUAAUGAGGGUCAUAAUUCACCAGAGAGCAUUCCAACUGAACAAGGUGCAACAAAUAAUGCCAAUGAUGAUGAUGAUGGGAAUGAAGAUUGGGGUGAUGACUUAGCAUCAAAUAUCACUAAUUCGGACAUUCAUGUCAAAAAAGACAUCAUUGUAGAAGAAGUUUUUUAUGAAUGGUAUAAAAAGGCAUCGAAACGACUCGUUGAUAAAGCAAUAUCAGAAGAUAUUCGAAAGUAUGCCAAGGAAUUCAUCGAAUGGUUACGCACAGCUGAAGAAUCGAGUGAUGAAGAAGUCGAUGAAGUCUCCAGUCUUCGAUCACCAAGCAAAAAUGAUCUUGGACACUAG